UUUUGUGAUAAAAAGAUUUCCGACAAAAAAAUGAGCAGUUUUAGUUCAGAUUCGUUCAGAUUCGUUGACCACGAAGAUAUUGCAAAGAAUUUGGCAUUUCUUACAUUAUUUUUGUCUGUCCGAACUUUUUGCUGCUAAUUAUCAAAUCAUCCAUAGCACAAACCAAAAUCGUAUCUGUUUUUUUAGCGAGGUAAAAAUCUGAUUGAAUUGUUGAAAGUAGCCAUACAUCUUAAAACUUUUUUUUUUGUUUCAAGAUUAGAAGCGAAUGUCGGGUAAAUGUGUCAAAACAGGCUUAAGAUAUCGAGCAAUUUGAGUCGUGGAAUUUACCGGUCUUAAAUAUUUUACUCAUACUCUCUUACUGGUAGAUGCGUGCUUAAUUGACUGGACUCAAAUAUUAUUUCCUUAAACAUUUUACAAAACUUUAUUACUCGUAACACUUCAAAAUUGUUCGCAUUACUUUCGCCUAUUUUGCCAAAGUUGUUCGCAUUACUUUCGCCAAUUUUGCCAUCUGAAGCCCCAAACUUACUUUUUUUGUCGAAAAUAUGCCGAAAAAGUACCACGUAACACCAGUUUUCUUAUUUUUUAUACUGGCGAUAGGUUACUAUGUGCUAAGGGUAACACUAAAAACCCGCAACUUUCCUAGUGUCGAAAACUUUGUUUCAAACUUUCAAAAUGAGAAUAAAAUUUCUCAGCUCAAAAGAAGUUCAGGCUACAGUGUGGCCAAAAUGAAAAAUCUCGAAGACUAUUGUUUCAAAUUAAUGGAACCAAACGUCUCCGAUAUAUUCACUCGAAGCGCAAUAGAUUUCGACACUCACCAGCUAAGUUACAAUUUACCCUCUGGAAAAUUUCCCGGUUGCAGAAGGUACAAAAGUGAGAGACUGGAUCCCCUAAUUGACGCGCCAAUUAAUGAAGUUGAGAGGAGUUUUCCAGUGGCUUUUGGAAUUCUGGUUUACAAGAACUUCGAACAGACGGAACAGCUUUUCAGAGCUAUUUAUAGGCCGCAGAAUUUCUACUGUUUCCACAUUGACAAGACAGCCAAUUCUACCUUCAGAAACAUCAUGCGCAAACUGAUCUCCUGCUUCCCGAAUGUGAUCGAGGCCUCCUCGCCCCUGGAUGUUGUUUGGGGUGAGCACAGUGUGCUGUUGGCUGAACUGCGGUGCAUGGCAGACCUGCUUGGACUGAGUGGUGCCUGGAAGUACUAUAUCAAUCUGACGGGGGAGGAGUUCCCUCUAGUCACCAAUCUGGAGUUGGUGUCUGUGCUGAGGGAACUGAAAGGAGCUAAUAUCAUAGACGGAGGCUUUAAAGAUGUCAUGGAAGACAGACUUCCGACAACGAUGCCAUUUAACCUGAAAAAAUACAAAGGCUCAACGCAUGUUUUCCUCAACCGAAAGGCAGUCGACUUCAUGAUAAACGACCGCAACAUUUCCGAGACGCUCCUUAACAACCUGGCUCCCCUCAGGUCAACAUGUGAAGCCUAUUUUGCUGUCUUGCAAUUUAACCCUGAAGUCAACUUACCCGGAGGCAUGACCGAACGACCCGAAAGUAGACUCUACAAGGUUCCGAGUGUUCCGAGGCACAAAGAGUGGUCGAUUACCGAGGCAGGGGAGUUUCCAUGUAUAAGUGGGUUUAUCAAGAGACAGAUCUGCAUGUUGGGAGUGAAACAUCUUCCAAUUCUGACCAGGAAGUCAUACGGGGCCAGGUUGGUGGCCAAUAAGUUUCCAUGGACUUUCCAGCCUUUGGCUUACGAUUGCAUGCAAGUCUGGCAUCAUAGCAAGGUCGAGCAGGAGUACAAAACGGGAAAAAUAGCGAUGAAUAUCUCGAAAAUUGUGAACAGUUCGUAUAUGAAAUACACAAGACCGGUGGAGGGGUAUUAGAACAAACGGAGUUAUUCGCCAAUGUUUUUAGUGACUCUAACGAAAAACAGAAUCUUAUUAACUUAAAUGAAAGAAGGAAGUAUCAUUCUAUCUUUCUACAUGUGAACUUGUAGCUACCUUUCAAUUAAAGCUUCUGAAGUUAUCUUUUAACCUGCAUGCUAGAACUGUGGAAUGAUUCUUUUUUCUAUAAAACUGCUUCAGACUUUAAGAGACUUCAUUUGGUUUUUCAACUGCCGUGCAACAAUGGAUGAGUUUCAAUGAUUAAAUGCGAAAUUACUCUUCUUGGAAUUUCUGCUUUGCUCUAAUACGACCAUGAGCCUCAUAGGAGUUACUGAAUUUUCAUAAGAUAUUUUUG